AUGAAGAAAGUCAACUUUGUGUCUGCUGAGGAGAUGGAACCAGUCCAAGAAGGGGAGGAUACACAAUUUGCUGAGGUGUGCUACAUGAGCAAUGGGCAAGGAGGUUACAACAAAGGAUACUAUAAUUACAAGUCCAACCCUGCCAUGUCAUACCGCAACACUGAUGUUGCUAACCCUCAGGACCAAGUCUAUCCUCAACAACAAGCAGCUCGAUCGAGUCAAGCCACAACAUGGGCUUUCCCCACCAACCACCCCAGCCUGCACCUACAAGAGAAUGAGCUCAAGGCAAUGCUAAAGCAACUACUUCAAGGGCAAGCUGAUGGGGUAGUGGACACAAGCAAGAAGCUAGCUGAAAUAAACUCCAAGAUCGAGAAUCUCAACACAAGGGUUUACUCUCUGGAGAAUCAUGCUUCUUCUGUUGCUGCUGCUACAAAGCAAGGACAACUACCUGGUAAAGCUAUUCAGAACCCCAAGGAACAGUGCAAGAGAUUGUUGCUGCUGAGGCUCCUGGAGUCCAGAUUGAUCAACCAGAAGUGCAUACCUACUGUGGCCAUUCACACUUCACCAGUUGAGCUCGCACAACAAGCUCGAUCGGCAGCUCGAUCGAGUCGAACUCUAGCUCGAUCGAGUCCGACCUUCUGUCCCAAACCGAUUUUGCUUGAUCCUUACCAACCGGUUGCUUCCUCGUCUCGCCUACUUAGUCAAGGUCACAAGGAAGUGAUUCACAAGUUCAGAAGAGAUCUCAGUGGGAUUGGAAUUGAGUUGCCUCCUAUGGAUAGCAUGAGUGAGGCAUUUGAUCAAAUGCAAAUGGUCAAGGAUGUUCUGCCAACAGUGAUAAAGUUUCAGAGGUCCUGA